UAGCUAACCAGCAGACGGAGGCGGAGGAGAUCCAGCACAGGAAGGAACAGGAAACAAACAGCAAACAAAAAAAACAGCAACAUGUCUCUGUCUAAUAAACUCAACCUGGACAAGGUUGAUGUCAAGGGGAAGCGGGUCAUCAUGAGAGUUGAUUUCAAUGUUCCAAUGAAGGACAAGCACAUCACAAACAACCAGAGGAUCAAGGCAGCCGUUCCCACCAUCAAGCAUUGCCUGGAUCACGGCGCCAAGUCUGUGGUCCUGAUGAGCCAUCUGGGCCGUCCCGACGGAAACUUUGUGCCUGAGAAAUACUCUCUGGAGCCCGUCGCUGCCGAGCUCAAGAACCUGCUGGGAAAGGAAGUCAAAUUCAUGAAGGACUGUGUGGGUGCAGAGGUGGAAGCUGCCUGCGCUAACCCUGCUAGCGGAUCCGUCAUCCUGCUGGAGAACCUCCGCUUCCACGUCGCUGAGGAAGGAAAGGGCAAAGAUGCCUCCGGAAACAAGACCAAGGCCACCCAGGAGCAGAUCGACACCUUCAGGGCGUCUCUGUCCAAACUGGGAGACGUUUACGUCAAUGAUGCCUUCGGUACCGCUCACAGAGCCCACAGCUCCAUGGUUGGAGUGAAUCUGCCUCAGAAGGCAGCUGGUUUCCUCAUGAAGAAGGAGCUUGACUACUUCGCCAUGGCUCUGGAGAAACCUCAGAAGCCCUUCCUGGCCAUCCUCGGAGGAGCAAAGGUCAAAGAUAAGAUCCAGCUGAUCAACAACAUGUUGGAUAGGGUCAAUGAGAUGAUCAUUGGCGGCGGCAUGGCCUUCACCUUCCUCAAAGUCCUCAACAACAUGGAGAUCGGUAACUCCCUGUACGACGAAGAGGGCGCCGGCAUCGUCAAGGACCUGAUGGCCAAGGCCGAGAAGAACAAGGUCAAGAUCACACUGCCUGUCGACUUCGUCACUGCUGACAAGUUUGACGAGAAAGCUACUACCGGCGUUGCAACCGUCGCUGCUGGCAUCCCCGCCGGCUGGAUGGGUUUGGACUGUGGACCAGAGAGCUCAAAGCACUUUGCCAAUGCAGUGGGCAGGGCCAAGCAGAUUGUGUGGAACGGCCCAGUCGGUGUGUUUGAGUGGGACAACUUUGCCAAGGGGACAAAGAACCUGAUGGACAAAGUGGUCGAGGUGACCAAAACAGGCUGCAUCACAAUCAUCGGUGGGGGUGACACUGCCACCUGCUGCGCCAAGUGGAACACAGAAGACAAGGUCAGCCACGUCAGCACAGGAGGCGGUGCCAGCUUGGAGCUGCUGGAGGGUAAAGUCCUGCCUGGUGUGGAUGCCCUGAGCAACGUCUAAACUUCCCAUCAGCCCCACUGUGUGUGUGAGAGUGUGUGUGCAUUUACGUGUAUGUAUGAGAGGUGUGUAGCGACUAAGCCAGACUUCUGUUUACUCCUUAAAACCCUGCAAAAAAAAAAAAACCACACCCGCUUUACCAGCUCAGUCUUUGUGAAAUAAUCCCAGUUGUGAUUCAUGGGAGAUAAAUCGACACUGCCUGUAACAAGUAGAUCCUUCUGCCUUAUUUCAACACGCUGAUUAAUUCAAGUCAAACUGCUGGAAAUAACAGAAUCAUGACCUCUUGAUAGAUGGAUGAAAACAGAUGAAAUGGCUUGUUAUGUAUGGUGGAAGUUUUCUUCCUGUUGACCUGCUGAAUGGACGGCUGAAACAUGGCAGACGCUCCGUCUCACUGCUGUCACCUGAAUUUGGGUUAAAAACAGCAGAUGGCUUCACUUCUCUGGGCCGGUGUCCCUCAGACAAGUCAGGAUUUCUGCUGUGUUGAGCUGUCAGCCGUUCACCCAUGAGAUACUUAAGCACUGGCUCGUAUGUGUGUGUGCGUGUAUCGCUGCAUCACUUUUUCCACCCUGGAAACAUCACAGCACCACCACUCUCGAGCGUGUACACAUACAGUAUAUAUAUAUAUAUAUAUAUAUAUAUAUAUGAAAACGGUUUAUGUGGUGUGUGCGUACCUACUGUAGAUGUUAUAUUUUUCUGUCGGCUCUGUUCACACUAACCUCGGCUCUGGUCAUCUGUCUUCUCUGGACGUUGGUUUCUGAGCAGCUUCAGACUGAGAUGAGAUGAUCUCAGCUGAUCUGUUCAGGCUAAUAAAACAGUCUGUGUAAAACA